AUGAGCUCGGCCUAUCAACAGAGGAAGAAGUCAUUCAGUUUGAAGAGUCCGUCACCAAGCUACUGGGUCUGUGUUGACAUCAGUCGUCCGACACAUUCCAUCGUCGUCCAGGGGAAAAUUCUCCUUCAGGAUCUCUGGAAACUCAAAUGCAGUUGGGAUGACCCCCUCCCCCAAGAGUACAUUCACCAGUGGGAGUCAUUUCGCCAGGAACUCACCGAACUAGAUAAAGUUGCAGUACCCAGAUGGCUCAGACUCUCACCUCAGACAAACGACAUCCAAUUCCACGGAUUCGCAGAUGCCUCAACAGUAGCUAUGAGUGCUAUGGUCUACAUUCGUACUCAGAAUCUCAACGAGCCAGCCUCCACAGUUUUGGUCUGCGCUAAGACCAAGGUAGCACAGAUCAAGUGCAUGACUAUUCCACGUCUGGAACUUACUGCAGCUCUCCUGUUAACUCAACUCGUAACAUCAACGCAGCAGAUGCUCCAGCUAGACCAGAGGCACGUCAGUGGGAAGGAGAAUCCAGCCGACUGCGCCUCCAGGGGCAUAACACCAAGUCAGCUAGCAGAUCAUCACCUCUGGUGGACAGGACCUGAUUGGAUAAAUCAGGACCCUGAAGACUGGCCACGAUCAACUAUCGAUGCUCCACCAAUGGACAUCCCAGAAGUGGCCAAAGAAGCGAAACCAGCAAAAUCUCACCCAGUCGACCCUGAAGACUGGCCACGAUCAACUAUCGAUGCACCAUCAAUGGACAUCCCAGAAGUGGCCAAAGAAGCGAAACCAGCAAAAUCUCACCCAGUCGUACAGAGAAUCAACGAGAUUGCCGAGCUCCUCAACAGAUACAGCAUGAUGGCAAAGCUGUUAGCAGUAACAGCGACAAUCAACAGGGCCAUCGACAGAUUCAGAGAACUCAACGAUGCGAGAUUAUUUUGGGUAAAAAUAACACAACACCAGUACUUUGUUUCAGAACUCAGGGUACUUCUCAGAAAUCAGCAGCUACCUAGAAAUCACCAGUUAGCGAAACUCACCCCAACUCUGGACGAGGAGGGCAUCAUGAGACUUGGGGGACGCCUCAAGAACUCAGAACUCCAUCCAGAACAGAUCCACCCAAUAAUCUUGCCACGUCAGUCCAGAUUCACCACACUCGUCAUCGCAGAAGCUCACCAGAAGACCCUCCACGGAGGGACACAGCUCACCUUGGCCUACACUCGGCAACGCUAUUGGAUACUCGGUGGCAGGGGCACAGUUAGAGCCUACAUCCUACGCUGUGCUAUCUGCGCCAGACACCGAGCUAGACAGGCUCAGCAACAGAUGGGUCAAUUACCCGCAACCAGAGUCUCACCAGCAAGAGCAUUUCUCCACACGGGGGUGGACUAUGCAGGUCCUUUCGCCAUCCUCAAGUGGAGACCCACGAAUGCUCAACCGGGAUCAGUGCACAUCGCAGUGUUCGUGUGCUUCACCACGUCAGCAGUUCACCUAGAGCUCGUCAACAGGCAAACCACAGAAGCCUUCCUCGGAGCUUACAAGAGAUUCACCGGAAGACGAGGUAUUCCAGCAGUCAUGUACAGUGACAACGCCACCACCUUCGUCGGAGCAGCAGAUCAACUCGAAAGGCUCUAUACUAGACUAUCUACAAGUGGAAGACACGUCAGCAGAACAUCGAGGUUGGUAACAUGGUGCUGA